GCAAAACAUAUCAAAUUAUUAUAAUAUGAAUUUCGUGAUUCAGUAAAAAUUUGUGACAUUUAUUUAAUUGGAGGUAGUAUUUUAGAAACACUAAGACUAGAAUGUCAAACACUUUUGAAAAUUCACAACCUUCGAAAUGUGGAUACAUACCUCAAAGAUGGAUCACCGUGAUUUUAGGAUUUUUAAGCUUUAUCAAUGCCUACAGCAUGCGAGUUUGCUUAUCAAUAGCCAUUACAGAAAUGGUUUUGCCACCCAAGAAUACUGGAAUAGUGAAUUCAGAUGAAACUUGUGUUGAAAAUUUUAAUUACAAUAAUACGCAUGUAAGGUCUGCCAAUCGUUCAGAUGAUGUUCAAUAUGAUUGGAAUGAAUAUACUCAGGGAGUGAUACUCUCUUCCUUUUACUGGGGAUAUACAUGUACUAGUGUACUAGGUGGCAUAAUAUGUCAAAAACUAGGCGGCAAACACACUCUUAGUCUGGGGGUUUUAUUCACAUCACUAUUUACACUUCUAAUACCCUACUCCAUUGAGUGGGGUGGCGCCACAGCCCUUAUUAUUUUGCGAGUAGCCACUGGUCUCGGAGAAGGCACAUCAUAUCCAGCAAUGGCUCAUUUAUUUGCUCAUUGGGUGCCAGAGGAUGAGCUUUCAAAGGCCGGGACUGUGGUUUUUAGUGGUGCGCCGUUAGGUACCAUUUUCGGAAUGUUAAUUUCUGGGAUUAUCUUGCAACAUUCGCACUACGGUUGGCCGAUAGUGUUCUAUUUCUACGGUAGCGUUGGACUAGUUUCAUUUCUCUUCAUUGCAGCAUUCUGCUAUAGUCAACCUAGUGAUAAUCCAUAUAUUUCCCACAAAGAAUUGACAUAUCUACGAAAUAAAAUGAAAAAUACGCACAAGAACGUACCACCCACACCUUGGCGAUAUAUCUUAAAAUCUCCACCAGUUUGGGCUUCUUUUAUAGCGAAAUUUGGCAAUACUUGGAUAUUCAUGACAGUUGUCAGCGAUAUGCCAAAGUACAUGAGCAGUGUCUUAAAAUUUUCUGUGCAAGACAAUGGUUUUCUAUCAUCCAUACCCCAUCUGUCGACGUGGAUAGGUGCUACACUCACUUGCUGGAUCGCUGAUAAAGUGAUCAAAGAAGGAACAAUGUCGAUCUCACUUGUAAGAAAAGUCGGAUGCACCAUCGCCUCGCUUGGUCCUGCAAUAUUUCUCAUCGCAGCUUCUUACGCUGGCUGCAACAGGCUUAGUGUAAUUGCAUUACAGUCUACUGGUUUAGCCCUCGUUGGUUGCGCUUAUUUCAGUGUGUUUGUUAAUGUACUAGACUUGAGUCCAAACUAUGCAAGUUCAAUAGAAGGUCUUGGUAAUGGAAUCGCGGUUAUCAGUGGCGUGUUAGCUCCGUACUUAGUUGGAUUGAUAACUCCCAAUCAAACGAUGAGUGAAUGGCAACUAGUGUUCUGGAUUGUAUUUGCAAUCGCUGCAACGAGCAACGUAAUCUUUUUGAUUUUUGGUACUGGACAGGUACAAAUAUGGAAUGAUCCUGGUUUCUUGAUCGAGAAAAAGAUCGCGAUCACAAACGAAAUUAAGGAAAGUGUACAUCUAUUUCAUAUAAAUAAACAGUAA